AUGUCCCUCUUCCAAUCGCCUCUUUCAACGUCUGUGGAACAAGAAGCCCAGGAGCCUCUCCGUUCGGAGUAUUCCGUCGAGACGAAAGUACUGGGAGAAAACUUCGUUGCGCUGAUGGAUGAGGUUAAUCCGUGGAAGCGCAGAGUACCGUUGUAUUGCGGUCGACCUGCUGGACUGGCGGAGACGAAAAGCAGUCUAACAUUAGUUGUGGAUGCUUUUACUUUGUCUAGAACACGAGCUCAGGAUGAUGGGGGCUGUCGGUUCUGCGGAGUGCUUGUUCAGGCGCUUGAUGCGUAUUUUGAGGAAUGGAGAGGCGCUCGGAAAAGAAUUCUGCUUGAUAUGAAAGAGAAGGGCACUAUUAAGAUGAGGCUGGACGAUGAUAGGUGGAGUGGUGAGGCAGUGGAGAUUUAUGCGACCUCCGCCGCCCGCUCCCCUUGGCCAACCCUCGGCACCGCACACCACAUCUUAGCAAAUUCGGGAUCGGACGAAGCCUUUGACUUUGUACGUCGUUGCAUACAGGACUGCCUUGCCGACCCCAAACACAGUGAAUGCAAACUACCCUCACAAUCUUCCUCACACAUCCCAAAGCGCCUUUUGGAUGUAGGUCGCGCAGCAGCUCCAAUCAGACUGAUUGAUACAAACGGCAAGCCACUUCAAUAUGCUACUCUAAGUCACCGAUGGGGAACAGGGCCCACACUGACCGCCACUAAGUCCAACUGGAAUAAGUUGAGCAAAACCAUAACGUUCGAGACGCUGCCGCCCUUGUUCCAGGAUGCAGUAAUCGUCACACGGCAGCUCGGAUUGCGAUACCUAUGGAUCGAUUCUCUAUGCAUCAUACAAGACUCUGCCCGCGAUUGGGAGAUGGAGUCCGCGAAGAUGGGUGCGAUAUAUGAGAACAGCUACGUUACCAUCGCGGCUACGAACUCGAGAGACGGCAAUGCGCGGUGUCUGGUAGAAAGAGAGAAGCUGAUAAAGAUUCACUACAAGAAUACCACGGGUAAGGAAUUCGCUCUACGAGCACGCCGGAUCCAGGAACAUCAUCCGAACCCCAAAGAAGGGGAACCUGCGAGGCCAACAGGGCCGCUGACGUCUCGUGCUUGGGCGCUGCAGGAACAUGUUCUUAGCACGCGCAUACUGCACUACACAGCAACGGAACUACUAUUCGAAUGUCGAGCCGGCUAUCGAUGCGAAUGCAUGCCUUCGAAACGAACUUGUAUAACGGCUCUGUCUAUGAUUCCCGAAGCGAUUGCGAAGAAGAAAAAGAAUCGUGACGCCCUGUGGAAUGCAUGGCAUCGUGUCGCUGAGAAGUACACUGAGCGGGAUCUCACGGUCCAAACGGACAAGCUCCCUGCAAUAUCUGGUAUCGCGAGUAAGAUUGAACAAGCGUCUGGAUCCGCGUAUAUUGCCGGUCUGUGGAAGGACAAUCUGGCUUCCGACCUGUUAUGGUCAGCUUCAUGGAAGAAAUACCCCGGGACAGAUGCGUAUGCUUUGGAUACGUACCGCGCACCUACAUUUUCGUGGGCCAGCCUCAACGUGCCUGUACAUUACUUUACGCCUGAUGCAGAGGAGUCUGAGACCUUUUCCUCGAUGAUAACUUUGGUAUCGUCAUCAGUGUCCCUUACUGGUCUGAAUCCACUGGGAACGGUCUCAGAGGCAUCAAUCCGGCUUCGGGGCCCUUGCCUUGAGGCAACACUUGUUGCGACGGUAAAGGACACCUUGUGGCAAUACACCUUGUGGAUCAAAGGCACAAGUGCCAUCCGUAUAGCGCAUGACUGCCUACUCGUAGAAGCACUGACUGCGUCCUCGGGUGAGGAAAACGCCAAAGCGACGGUUCGAAGGGCUAAGGCCGACGACACGAUCUCUGAGUUCAGAGCGCCAGUGUUGUGUCUCGGCGUUGGCAGGUAUGACACAUGGAUAUCUGGCCUCGUUCUUGGAGAGUGUCAGGGUACCCAAGAGGCAUAUGCGAGGUUGGGAGCUUUCUCAGCUGGAAUCGAGGUCUUCCAGAAGGCUGAAAAAAGGGAUUUGACACUCUUGUAG